AUGCCUGGCAUUCUUGACGUGCCAGCAGGCGCAGUAGCGCCAACGCUGAAGCCGGACUUCAGUAUCGGCCAUCAAAAAGUGGAGUUGGCGAUCGAUUUUGCGAACAAGAGCUUGAAAGGCAGCACCGAAAUCACGAUAUACCCUCAAAAACAGACAUUUUCGACCCUGACACUAAAUUUCCGGCAAGGCGAAAUCAAGCGAGUCACGAUCAAUAACAAAGUCGCACCCUCCUUCGAGUAUAACGACCCUGAUGAGCACAUCCUCCUAUAUGGAGCGCAUUAUCACGAACGUUUGGCGCCCCACGUCUACGACCUUCUGAAGACUCCACGGAAUCCCGAGGUCAGAAUACCGCUCAGGGGAGUGAGGAUAGAGGAACUGGAUAUCACUUCGGCGGAAGCUCAAGCUCAGGUUGCGCUUCAAGGCGCCGGGGGUGACGUGGAUGGACCGGCAAGCACCCGCGUCGCAGACCAGCCACGGUUCAAGGCAAUUACAGUCAAUAUCGAGUUUGUUAUUGAGCGCAUCCGCGAUGGUCUACAAUUUGUCGGGGUUGACAGUGGAGACCGGCGCUAUCCUCAUGCAUACACGACAAACUCUCUGGAGUCUAACGUUGGGUGCCCACUGUUCCCAUGUGUAGAUGAUUCCAGGGCACAAUGUUCUUGGGAGAUCUCCAUCACAUGUCCGUCCUCCCUAGGCGAGGUCUUUCCUUCUCGCUCGCGGGCACCGCAGCGACAAAUCGCACCAGAUGACGAAGCUCUCGACAUGUCAGUCGUGUGCUCUGGUGAGCUGACUGAUGACAUUGUUGAUCCCAAAGAUCCCUCCCGCAAAACCGUGUCAUUUGCAUGCUACUCUACCCUUUCGGCACGCCAAAUUGGAUUUGCGGUGGGUCCAUUUGAGUAUGUGAAUCUUGCGGACUUUCGAGAAAGCGAUCAAGACGAACAGCUUGGACAAAAUGCUAUUCCUCUGCAUGCCUUUUGUCUACCUGGCCGAGCAGAGGAAGUUCAAAACACCAGCUUCCCAAUGGCUCAAGCCAUCGAUUUCUUUUCUCUAUCAUACGGAUCAUACCCUUUCUCCAGCUACAAGAUCUGCUUUGUCGACGAUCUCCCGGCGGAAACUCUCCCCAUGGCUUGCAUGUCUAUCUGCAGCAGCCGAUUACUAUUCCCAGCUGAGAUCAUUGAUCCCAUGUAUGACUCGACCCGUGAACUGGUGCAUGCGUUGGCAUGCCAAUGGACCGGAAUCAGCAUCAUCCCAAAUGAACCAGGUGAUACUUGGGUCACUGUGGGCGUUGCUUGGUAUAUCACAGACACCUUCAUGAAAAGACUCUGCGGAAACAAUGAAUAUCGUUUUCGACUAAAGCAGAUGUCCGAUCGCGUUUGCGAAUUGGACUUUGAGCGACCCUCCAUUUAUGAUAUGGGAAAUUGCCUUAACAUUGAUCCCUCGGAAUAUCGCUUUAUUGCGCUAAAGGCCCCAUUGGUUCUCUUUAUCCUUGACCGACGUCUCACUAAAGCGAGCGGAAAGGCAACAAUGUCCCGGAUCAUUUCCCGGCUUUUCUUGAACUCACGUAUGGGGGACAUACCAGAUGGUGCAAUCACUUCCUCACUGUUCCAGAAGACCUGUGAACGGCUUGGUCAUGCUAAGCUGGACGUGUUCUUCCAGCAGUGGGUAUACGGUGCAGGCUGUCCUCGGUUCCAGGCCACGCAGCGCUUCAACAAAAAGAAACUUGUGGUCGAAAUGAUGAUUAGACAAGUUCAAGGGGACCCGCAGGCUCCCAAGGAUCUUGACAAGAAUUCUUUCCUCCGUGACGUAAAGGAAGAAGUGCGCCAGGUCUACGCAGGAGCAAUUCAGCCCGUUUUUACUGGUUCUAUGACCCUUCGAAUCCACGAAGCUGACGGAACACCAUACGAACACAUUGUCGAAAUCAAAGAGGGCACAACCAAAUUUGACAUUCCAUACAACACAAAGUACAAGCGGCUGAAGCGCAAUAAGAAACAGCGUGAGCGUGCUGUCGCUUCUGGGGAAGCUGAUACACAAGAUGAUGUUUUACUUUACUGUCUCGGCGACGUCCUCCAAACAGAAGAGGAUGCGCAGGAAUGGCGCCUGGCCGAUUGGACUAAGGAGGACGAGGAGCGUAUCGGCCAGGAGUCCUACGAAUGGAUCAGAAUGGAUGCCGAUUUUGAAUGGAUCUGCAGGUUAUCCUUGGGUAUGCCGGGAUACAUGUACCUGUCGCAGCUCCAGCAGGACCGAGAUGUGGUUGCUCAGUUGGAGUCCCUCCAAUACAUGGCUGCCCAACGUGAACAUCCGUUGAUUUCUACUAUCUUCGUCCGCACGCUCAUGGACAGUCGCUACUUUCAUGGGAUACGCGUGACCGCGGCUCGAGCGCUGAUAAAACAUGCAAAGGAUGAAGUGGAUUGGAUUGGUCUCUUUCAUCUGGAGCGAGCUUUCCAAGAACUGUUUUGCCUUCCAGGGUCUCCUAUGACUCGGUCGAAUGACUUCUCGGAUCGUGCAGCGUACAUCCUGCAGCAAGUAAUUCCAGACACGAUUUCGAAAGUUCGGGACAACAGCGGCAAGACUCCACUUCGCGUAAAGCAGUUUCUCUUCGACAAACUGAAGUUCAAUGACAACUCAAACAAUGAGUUCUCUGACAACUUUUACGUUGCUUCCUUGAUGCGUUCUCUUUGCCAUGCAUUGCUUGGACGAAACGAGCCGCGCCCCGAUGACGAAUUGAUUCAUUUUGACAUGGACCGUGUGAUCGAGUCGCAAGCUGAGGAACAACUAGAGAAAGACGCUGUUGCCGAAUUCGAUCGCUAUCGGAGAAUGGACGAGUGGUCGGGAUCUUUCCAGAAUCUGUACGCGAGGGCUGCAUUGCACUGCCAAGUACAAUUGAUGCAAGCCAAGAUCCAAAACCUCGAUCUUAUGCAAUUCAUCCCCUAUACUCGCUCUGGUACUUACGAGUUAUUGAGGGUACAGGCGUUCGAGUGCCUGGUUGAUCUCGACAUAUCUCAACAGCCAGAACUGGUGCGUUGGCUGGUUUUCACCAUGACAAGCGAUUCCUCCGCGUAUGUUCGACAUCAUUGCCAACGACUGUUUGGACGGUUGCUCGCACAAAUUGCCUUUGGUCGCCCGCAACAAACCGAAAGUUCCCAAGUCGGGGGGCUGAUCAUCGAGCAGGAUUCCUCUACCGAGGUUCGCCAGGCCGAUCUAGCGCGUCGACAGACUGUCCCCGGUGCGAUUGAAGCUCUUAAAAGAGAAGUUUCGGGUGACGCUUCCUUGAAAGAAUACCUCUGGGCUGCAUGCAAUUCUCAAACCAUUGGAGUUGCGGAAGUUGCAGAAUUGUGCGAUCUUUGCCAUGUCAUGUAUGACCCAGUUCGGAGUAAGAUUGUGAAGCUUAAAUACCCUCGUUAUUGGAACGUCCAGAACAUGGGCAGUGGCAAGUUGCGAUUCUACAGAUCCAGCAAUGUCCGCACGAACCUCGGUGCCUCCAAAACCGCCGCUUCAAAGCGCAAGCGAGAAGAUAUGGGACCUCCGGGUUCCGGUACAAGAAUCACCUUCAAACAAACCAAGACUGGGCUCACCCCAGGGACCCCAUCGGCGUCGGGCCUUCCCAAACUACACAUCCCAAACCCAGCGGCUACUCCCAUGGCUGCUUCUACCGCUGCAGCGUCCACUCCAUCCACACCUGCGAGUGCCAGUGGACUGAAACUGAAGCUCAAACUUGGGUCAAAACCAAAAUAG